CAAGGGGAGAAGGACGCGCAAGUGCAGGCGCGUACAUGCGUGGCAACUGAGCCAUCGACACUAAAAGGACAACAACACAUCGGAAACUGAAAUGAGAGUUUAGCCAAGACACUGUUCGGGCGAACAGCUCACCUUUGCUGCGAGAAUCAGCCUCAAUGAGUGCACACUGAGGGGAGUCAUGCAUCUCAACAGAGAAGACAACAGCAAAGGCACAGUGUCUCUCAGUGUAUUCCUGGUUUCUUUGGCAUUCCUAGUAUGUGCCCUUUGGCUGAUAGCUCUAUGUGGUGUCUGCACAUGGUGUCAGCGUAAAUUGGGGAAGAGAAAUAAGCCCGGGGUGGAAGUUGCCAGCUCUCCAGAGUCUGUGAGAGGUCGAGGGGAGAAUAAAGCCAUCAAUGAUCUAGACAGAGACUUUUGGAAUAACAACGACAGCAGCAAUGUGCAACAGCGGUGGAGCUCUUACCCACCGAAGGAGUUUCUAUUAAACAUGUCUCCCUACGCCCCCUAUGGAGACCCUCGCCUCACACCCAAUGAGGGGAAGAUGGUUGUUCUGUCUCUAGCAAUUGGGCUGGCCGAACAAGAUGACUUCGCUAAUCUCCCUGAUCUACAGGAAGCACCAGCAAGCAAAGAGAACGAAACCACACCGGAGAAGAGGACUCCGGGUAACAAACCAGGCUGUAGUCCCAGAGGUCACACCCCAGAUGAGAGUGGACGCCGCCAGGGCUCAGGCCACGACGCCAACUCAUCCAUCUCCGAUUUAGCCAACUCGGUCACCAGUGAAAUGCUCAUGUUGUCUCCAGGCUCAGAAGAAGAUGAACAUGAAGGUCCAGUGUGUGAAAAGUUGGGUCAGAUUCAGUUCAGCGUUGGAUACAGCUUUCAGGACUCCACUCUCACUGUCAAAAUCCUCAAGGGCCAGGAAUUACCUGCCAAGGACUUUUCCGGCACUUCCGACCCCUUUGUCAAACUCUAUCUGCUGCCUGACAAGAAGCACAAACUGGAGACCAAAGUAAAGAGAAAGAACCUGAACCCGCACUGGAACGAGACCUUUCUGUUUGAAGGGUUCCCCUUUGAGAAAGUGGUGCAGCGAACUCUAUACCUGCAGGUUCUCGAUUAUGACCGCUUCAGCAGGAAUGACCCCAUCGGAGAGGUUUCCAUCCCCCUCAACAAAUUGGAUUUGGCCAACAUGCAGACUUUUUGGAAGGAGUUGAAACCAUGUAGUGAUGGCAGUGGAAGCCGAGGGGAUCUCUUGGUGUCUCUGUGCUACAACCCAACCGCCAACACUAUAACUGUGAGCAUUGUCAAAGCCCGCAACCUCAAAGCCAUGGACAUUGGAGGCACAUCUGACCCCUACGUGAAAGUGUGGUUAAUGAACAAGGACAAGCGGGUGGAGAAAAAGAAGACGGUGGUCAUGAAGCGAUGUCUCAACCCCGUUUUCAACGAGUCCUUUCCCUUUGACGUGCCUGCCCACGUGCUGAGGGAGACAACCAUCAUUAUCACUGUCAUGGACAAGGACAGGCUUAGUCGCAAUGAUGUCAUUGGGAAGAUUUAUCUCUCGUGGAAGAGUGGCCCUGCGGAGGUAAAACAUUGGAAAGACAUGAUGGGUCAUCCUCGCACUGCCGUGGCCCAGUGGCAUGCGCUCAAGGCCUGAGGGAGCGAGCAGGUUCUCUUCCCCCUGCCCUCAGCACACAUCUCCUGCUCUCUAACUGCAGUCGAGAGGCUGCAGACAGCGUGUGUCACCUCUUUGUUCUCAGGCCUCUUUGAAAUCCUAUACUCCUAAAUUUCAUCCCUUGUAAAGCAGUGAUACUCACUUGAACACCUGUCAUUCCUCAGACCUUAAAUGUAUUUGAUGUCCACCCACUUCCUCUUUGUACUGUCUUCAUGAGAUGUUUGGUUUUUUUUGUUCACAAUACCACUGUGUCUUUUUUGUCAGCCACUUCUCGUGAUAAACACCAGAGCAGUAACUCUCGCCACACAAGAAUACAAACUGUUAACCAAAAGCGGACGAAAACACAAAUCCAAAACUCCUGUAUGGUGACAACCAUAGAGGUCUGACACGGCGAAUGGCCCUGCCCAUCUGAUGUUGGAGUGAGGAAGCAUUCCUUUCAUUUACUCUACUCUGCUGUUGCUGUCACUGCCAGUCUGUAUACCGAUAAUGCCCUAAACAUCAGGGAAUUGAUGAAUGGAACGGUCUCCAUUUCAAACUGAAUGGAUGUCAAGUGGACUUUUCCUUUUUGCUCUGGCAGAUCUUUAAUCAUUUAUCUUGGCUGGAACCCCCUGUUGUCUGUGUGUGCCGUGGGUGAUGUGCCGUGAACCCAAAUGAUGUUCUGGAACAAUUUGAAAAAAAAAAGAAUAAGAAAUGAAAAAAACAACCAAAAAAAAAGAGGAUCCAAUGUUAAAACCUCCAGUACUGGGCUUCAAACGUAUAGCAUAAAAACACAGUCUUUCUUGGACAGAAUAAAAGUGAUUGAUGUGUUAUCUUUUUGUUAGCAUAAAAUAGUUAAGACUCAAGUUGUUCUUCCAGAGAGAGGAAAUAAGCAGAACCCAGCUUCACAAUGUGGAUGUUUGCGAUAAGCAUUGUGUGCGUUGUACAUGAAUGAGGGAGCAUUUUGGGUUCCAAAAGGUGUUGAUGAUACAAAUGAUUUAUUCAUGAUGGAUCAGAUAAUACAUUUUAAUAAUAGUAAUGAUAAUUCCAAAGAAAACUCAGUCAUUUCAGAGUCAACAUUUUCUUUAGGCAGUGCCCUCAAGGUUGCGCAUCCUUGACAAUUUACUAAAACUACAUGAUUAGAGAGUUUUGUCAAAAUAAUUAAACUUUUUUGUCAGGUAAUUCAAAAUACAUCCAAAAAAGUUUAACUUUUGCCUUCUCCAACUGCCAAAUGUAACUCUUUCCAGGAGCAGAUGAAGUUUGGUCCAUCUGGAUUUUGUCUUCCAUUUUUUUUUAUAUAUAUAUUUGUUCAAGAACCCUAAAAUA